AUGUCCAACACCAGAUCUGACAACACGAACCGGACGACGGGGGAUGACACACACGCGCACGGAGCGAAGACACAGAAACUCAAAGGUGCGACGGAACUUGUUCACGGUCUCGGAGAGUCUAUCCGGGGUCGUUUCAUGGAAGCCGUGGACGGCUCGCAGGGCAGCAGGCACGCCCCGAUAUCGCAGCAAGGUCGGCAGGAAGUCGAGCGCGGGAUGGCGAAGCUCACCGGAGGACCCGGAGCCGCCUCCGUGACGUCCAGCACGGGCACUCGCAACCCAAACCCCGCAGGCGACAGCGACGGCGUCUCGACGAACACGGAGUCCUCGUCCGGGUUCGGCGCAAGGCAGCGCGCAAAUGGGGGCAACGCCCUUGGGCCCUCGAGUGGCUUGACGACGGGGUUCGGCAACGCUGGACCUGAAGCAGCCGUUGCGCAGGCCCCGUACGGAGGCCAGGAAUCGGCGAUGGGGCAGCAGGGAUCGACAAACCGCGACUUUGGGUACGAGGAGGGGCAGACUCGAAGGGACCCCGCGGUUAUGGGGCAGCAGGGAAAUUCUCCCGGCCCAGCCCCUCACCGUUACACGUUGUCUGGUGAGCCCAAGCGACUGGGCUGA